AAGGGCAAGUCAUGGAAAACCCAUUAGCAUUACAGAUAAAUUUGUAACGGCAUCAGCUCACUGAUAUGCUCAAUAACCAGAAAAUGGGGAAGAAGAAAAAGAAUAGGCAAGCAUUAUAGAUUGAUGGGACUUGACUUUUGCCCCCUUACAGGAGUGAGUGCCCCGCUGUCUGUUGGAGCCUAAUCACAGGUCAAAGUCUACUUCCAGUAAGACCUGUUGUCGGCGCUCACUCGCAAAGUUCCUCUCACCCUGUUAGCAACACAGCUGAAAUUUUUACCACCAUGCUGCUCCGGAGUUUUACUCUUCUGCUGCUCUUUUGUGUGAGUGCUCAUGAGUGUGCCACUCUGGGCCACUACCAAUCCACAGCACCUGAGGAGGAGGUUCCUGUGGUGGAGCCCCAAAACACUACUAUAGAAGACCAGCACAAAGAACUCUCUGAGGUAUUGCCAAACAAAACUCCUGAAGCUGUCGAAGAACCAGGAGAAAGCAGCCAAGAUGUGGAAGCCCAGGAUCUACCCAAGGAUGAAGAAGAGAUGGGGGAGGACAAUGAGAUUAAGUCAGUCCAGAUAAACACUUCCACAUCAACUGAGCAAAACAACAGUAGCUGGAGCCUCAUGUCAAUUAGAAACAGUUUCCAAAUGAUGCAUGGCUACUUUGACUCCCUUGUGGAGCUGGUGGGGGGCCACGAUGGCGUUUGUCAGUACCGCUGCAGAUAUGGAGAACAUCCUCAGCCUCGUCCUGGCUACAAGCACCAAGAGCCCAAUGGCUGCAGCUCUUCCAUGGUGGGAUUCCAGAUUGAUCUUGGCAUCCCAGCCAUGACUGAGUGCUGUAACCAACUUGAUGUGUGCUACGACAACUGCGGCAUCAACAAGUACGACUGUGACACCAAGUUCCGUUCUUGUCUUCAGAACAUUUGCUCAGACCUUAAGAGGAGUCUUGGCUUUGUGUCCAAAGUUCAAGCCUGUGAGUCAAUGGCAGAUGCUAUGUACAACACAGUGUGGGCACUUGGAUGCCGGCCCUACAUGAACAGCCAGAGGGCAGCAUGUGUGUGUGAUGGAGAGGAGAGGGAUGAACUGUGACACUGAACACCAUGGACCACUUUUACAUGGAGAGCAGGGAGAAGGACCGUUUUGCACAUAUCGUGGUAUUUCAGAGCACGCCCAAAUUGCCCCUAAAAAGGACCUGAAUGUUGAAAUUCACUGACAUUGAUUACUUGGGCGUUACAACAAAUAAUGCAUGAUGAGACAUGAUGAUGCAUUCAUGUGCAGGCCAAUUCUUAGGCCUAUAUAACUCCAUUAACAUUUAUUUCUUAUGACUCCAAAGGAAGUGUUUUAUAGAAAUAAAAUACCAAUACACUGAGCAGGCUAAUUGCUCUCAGGAAAUAAGUUAUUUGCUAUUUAUGAACGUAAGAGGAACUGCUCAUUGUUCACGCUCACCAGCAUUAGGUAUGAUGCAAUAUAAUUUAAAUUGAUGUCAAAUUUCAUUUUACAAUAAGAAUGCUAGAAAUUAUAAUUAUCCUGUAAUAUAAUCUGCACCUACAAGAAUGAACAUUGUGAACUCGUCUUCAUGUUGCAGUCAUUACAGAUGAGGCACAGUGAUGACUUCAUAUACAGUAAAUGUCACUUACUAUAAUGUCUGCAAAUUGUGGUGUCAGCAAAGAGGCGCAGAUGUUUAACCCACUUUCCUCCAAGCAGGCUUUGGUUCUGCUCAAAAUGUAACAUAGAAACCUUAAACAAGACUUUGUAUUUCAAUUAGGGACAGCAAUACCUGUGACAUGUAUUUAAAUGUUUGACCUCAUAGUCACCAAUGAAUUGAGCAACCUAACACACCACAGUCAGCAGCUGUAUUUUCUACAACGCCAAGCUUAGUUCCACCCUUGGUGCUGCACCACUGCAGUUGGUGAGUGAAAGUGCUACAAUUUGUUAUCUCUUUAUUAUGAAUAGAAAGUAGAAAUAAAAACAAGUUAAAUUGAGAGUUAAAGAAGAGUAGAGUUAAAGAGUUACAUUGAAGAAUGUACUCGCCUGAUAUUGACCUGCAGUCAUCAAACACAUUUCGACCAAUGCCAAUCCGUGCACCUUUAUUGACAAUCAGCUGCUUAAAAUUUUGUUAUCCAAGUCAACACUUGGUCCAAUAAAACAACCGUUUCAUCAG